UCCAGGACUUCCUCAGCAGAGCAAAAGCACAGCCAACGGCGCAAUCAUGGAUGAGUCUGCCCCCCGUCAGGGCCGCUCUGUGUUCGUGGGGCUGGUAGGAGCGUCGCAGGUGCUGGGUCUGGCGUCGGUGGUGCUGACGGGUGUGUGGAUGGGUCACUACCGCCAGGGCUUUGCCUGGGACGGCUCAGCGCAGGAGUUCAACCUGCACCCUCUGUGCAUGGUGCUGGGCCUGGUCUUCCUGCAUGGCGACGCCAUCCUCGUCUACAGAGUGUUUCGUAACGAGGCGAAGCGGAACGUAAAGGUGCUUCACGGCGUCAUUCACCUGCUCGCCCUCAUCAUCAGCAUCAUAGGUUUUGCUGCUGUGUUCGACUUCCACAGAGCAGCUAAGAUCCCAGACAUGUACUCUCUACACAGCUGGUGUGGGAUGGCCACCUUGGUCCUGUUCUGCAUACAGUGGGUGAUGGGUUUGCUGUUCUUCCUGUUUCCUGUUGCGUCGUCAUGGCUACGGGCAUCGUACCUGCCCGUCCACGUGUUCUGCGGCCUGGUUCUGCUGGUGAUGGCCAUAGGGACGAGCCUGCUGGGCAUCACAGAGAAACUCCUCUUCAGCAUCAUGCCGACCUACUCUAAGUUCGCCCCAGAGGGAGUGCUGGCCAACGUCUUGGGGCUCCUGCUGGUUUGCUUCGGGGUGCUGCUGGGUUACUUGAUCACCAGGGAGGAGUACAGACGUCCGCCAAACCCAGAAGAAGAGUCUCUGUCCGUCCACUUCAAGACUCUGACCGAGGGAGGGUCACCGACCACACCCUGACCUCACUCUGUAGCCUGAAGCCUCCACCUUCAUCUGGAUACGAGCAGUGUCCUGCCAACCGACUGUUGUGCCACCAGUCUCUGUUACUACCUACUUAUAAAGUCCUCUCUACAUGCCAGUGACAAUGAAUGUGUUUAGAAAAGGGAGUUUUCAAAAGUUUAACUUUGCCAAAAACUACUGGACAGAAAGCUGUAAUGACAAUCUCUCUGCAGUUACAUUCAAAACGUUUCCAUUUGAUCUCACAAGCUACUGAAUAGUUGUGCCAGCGUUACCCAAAAAUAUUUAUUUAAACUUUUGUGAAAGAGUUUAAAUUUUGUAGAGAAGUAGCAUGGAGUCUCGUCGAUGCUGAACGACUUUAGUAUUUGUAGAUACUCACUCUAAAAACAGAUGUUUGUUGCAGGGCUAAUCUCUGGGCUAGCAACCUACCACACGGAAAUUUCAUUUUUGGAGGAAGGUUUGGAUGUCGCAGUCUGUGCAUUAUACAUUUUAAUCACAGUGCUUGUCUCCCUGCAUGUAAAAGCAAAUGUUCCAUCAGUGUUUUGUGGGAACACCGAAGCUGCAUCCUUCGCUUAGCUCCCCUUCGACGACUGUUGGUUUAAAGAAAUUCAAACAAGCUAGGGCAUUUUUUUUCUCCCGGUGUUCCCCAAGGCUCUGUUCUCGGCCUCUUGUUGUUUUUGAUUUACAUGGCUCCACUCGGACACAAUAUUUGUAAAUUAUUACAGUAAAUACAAGCUGAUAGGCUGCCUCUGUAGACAGCCGACUGAUUAAAGCUAAUAUCUGUUCUGUCAGACAUGCGCGAGGUGAGUGAC